AUGGGGGAAAAGCGGGAUACGGGAUGGCCGACCCCCGAGGGCCGCCGGGAGCGCUCCCGGGACGCCGCCCGGUGCCGCCGCAGUCGCGAGGCCGAGGUUUUCGGGCAGCUGGCGCUGGCUCUGCCCUUCGCCCGCGGGGUCAGCGCCCACCUGGACAAAGCGUCCAUCAUGCGGCUGACCAUCAGCUACCUGCGGGUGCAGCGGCUGCUGGCCGCCGGUCAGAGACACCCCAAAAUCCAUCCCGAGCCCCAGAAUCCAUGCUGUUACCUGCAGGCUCUCAGCGGCUUCGUGAUGGUGCUGAGCGAGGGGGGGGACAUGAUUUACCUGUCCGAGAACGUCAGCCGCCUGCUGGGGCUCAGCCAGCUGGAGCUGAUCGGGCACAGCGCCUUCGACUUCGUGCACCCCUGCGACCACGAGGAGCUGCAGGACGCGCUGGGGCCGCGGCAGGGGGGUCUCCGGCGGCGGGGGGAGCGCUCGGGCCUCAGUUUCUCCCUGCGCAUGAAGAGCACCCUGAGCGGCCGCGGGCGCUGCCUCAACCUGAAAGCGGCGUCCUGGAAG